GAGAAUGUUUCAGUUCAGCUAAAAUUGCAGUAAGUUAACCAGCAGUAGCUGUAUGAACAGACUGGAGUCAGACGUGCCUGCCUAGUGGGAAAUACAGCUGUAACUACAGAGAAGUUCACUUGUAAUGCAGACCUGGCAGUUCUGAAGCUGGGAGCCCUUCCUCUGCCGCUAGCCUGUGCACUUCGCUGUAGGAUCUAGCAGGCCGGCACCUCCUGGACUAAGGGUCCAUUUCACUGGCUGUAGAGAAGCUGGAAAUGUCCCAGUGAUCCUGAAUUGCUGAGAAGUUUCUCCUGGGCUCAUGAGUUACAAUCAAGAUGAGGAUUUCCUUCCACUCCUACUGUGCAAUGGGCAACCUCUCUCUGUGCAGUUACAUCAUUUUCUUUUUUAUGCUCCAUGUUUCUACACUGGAAUCAGUGAAUUUCAAGGUGAUUGGACCUGAUCAUCCAAUCACGGUCUCUGCAGGGGAAGAUGCCCUGUUACCCUGUCACCUCUCCCCCAGCAUGAAUGCUCAGGAGAUGGAGGUGCGCUGGUUCCAAUCCAAGGACUCUGAACUUGUCCAUCUGUAUCAGGAUGGAAAAGAUCAGACUGAGCUGCAAAUAUCAAAAUAUCGGGACAGAACAGAGCUGCUGAAGGACGGUAUCGUGGAUGGAAGAGUUGCCCUGCAUAUACGCAACAUCACCCCCUCUGACCAAGGACAGUUUAUCUGUUUCUUUCGAUCACCCAGCUUUUUUGGGGAAGCCACUCUGGAACUGAAGGUGACAGGUCUGGGCUCUACUCCUCGCAUCUCUAUUGACAGCUACCAGAGCAGAGGGAUCCACAUGGUGUGUGAAUCUGCUGGAUGGUACCCGAAGCCCCAGGUGCAGUGGAGAGACCUGAGGGGGCAGCACUUACCAUCCCUGACAGAAAAAAUAAUUCAACAUGAUAAUGGCCUGUUUGAAGCACAAAUUUCCAUUAUUGUAACAGAAACUUCCAGUCAGGAUCUGUCCUGCUCUGUCAGCAAUUCCCACCUCAACCAAGGGAAAGAAUCCAUGGUCUACAUCGCAGAUUCUUUCUUCCUGGGGGCCUGCCCCUGGAAUGUGGCUGUGUACAUACUCCUGGUUGCUUUGGGUUUGCUCAUUUUCACGGCCAGCUUCUUCUUCUGGAAGCAACACAAGGCAAAAGGGAAACUUGUUGCGGAUCUUGAGAAACAUCUUGCAGAGAAAGAGAAGCUCCAGAAUGAACUUCAAUUGAGAAGAGUUCAAAUAUAUCAAGCCAGCGUGAUUCUGGAUCCAAUCACUGCUCAUCCUGAUCUCAUCCUGUCUGAGGAUCAGACAUGUGUAACAAAAGGAGAUAUAGCACAGAAUGUGCCAAACAAUCCUGAGAGAUUUGAUUCUUCUGUGUGUGUCCUGGGUUCUGAAGGUUUCACAUCAGGGAUACAUUACUGGGAGAUGGAAGUGGGGAAUGGUGGUGACUGGUGGGCUGUAGGGGUUGCCAGAGAGUCUAUAAAGAGGAAGGGAUGGCUCAAUUUUAGCCCAGUGGAGAAGAUCUGGGCUGUGGAGUGUGACUGGGGUAAAUACCAGGCUCUUGACUCCUCUGUGAUCCAUUUGCCUCUGAAUGAGCGACUUGGGAAAAUUGGGGUUUCUCUGGACUUUAAAGAGCACCAUGUAGCAUUUUAUGAUAUUGAUAACAUGGUGCCAAUAUACACUUUCAAAGAGGUCUCUUUCUCUGAUGAGAAAAUCUUUCCUUUCUUCUGUAUCUGGAGAACUCCAGGAAAAUAUAUCAAACUGUGUGACCGAGAAAAGAGUUAGCCCUACAUUUUCAAGUGUCCAUUAUUUUUUGGUGCCAGCACUCAAAAUUAGUGGGCACUUAUGAAAAUUUAGAGCAAAUUACCUCACUGUGCCCAGAAUUCUGUACCUUUCAAAACUAUAGAAAACAUGAAUGGUCAGGAGAAAAUGUCAAUGGAACAGCAUUUACCCAAGUUAUUUUUCUCACUGUGACGGGUUUGAUCACAGAAACCCCCUUGGGAACUGCCACCUGAUGUGCAAAGACUACCUCUGCUCCUGUUUUCCCUGCCAAUUCAGGACUCCAGCACCCUGUCUUGCUGAGCCAGACACUCCGGUCUGCUCCAACACAGACCCAGGGUCUGAAUUACUUGUCCCAGAGUUGCAAAUUUACCCGAAAACUGCUCACAGAAGUGUGCUUCUCUUUAGCACUCAGAUUCCCAACUCCCAAUGGGGUCUAAACCCAAAUAAAUCCGUUUUACCCUGCAUAAAGCUUAUGCAGGGUAAACUCAUAAAUUGUUUGCCCUCUAUAACACUGAGAGAGAGAUAUGCACAGCUGUUUGCUCCCCCAGGUAUUAAUACAUACUCUGAGUAAAUUACUAAAUAAAAAGUGAUUUUAUUAAAUACAGAAAGUAGGAUUUAAGUGGUUCCAAGUAGUAUCAGACAGAACAAAGUAAGUCACCAAGCAAAAUAAAAUAAAAUGUGCAAAUCUAUGUCUAAUCAAACUGAAUACAGAUAAUCUCACCCUCAGAGAUGCUUCAGUAAAUUUUUUCUCAGGCUGGACACCUUCCAGGCCUGGGCACAAUUCUUUCAGCUGGUACAGCUCUUGUUCCAGCUUAGGUGACAGCUAGGGGAUUCUUCAUGAUGGCUCCUCUCCCCCUCUGUUCUCUUCCACCCCUUUAUCUAUCUUUUGCAUAAGGCGGGAACCCUUUGUCCCUCUGGGUUUCCACCCCCCUCACUGGAAAAGCACCAGGUUAAAGAUGGAUUCCAGGUCAGGUGACAUGAUCACAUAUCACUGCAAGACUUCAUUGCCCACUUGCCAGCACACACACAUACAGGAAGACUAACAGGUAAACACAGCCAUCUGCAGACAAUGGUUCUGGUUAAUGGGAGUCAUCAAGAUUCCAAACCAUCAUUAAUGGCCCACACUUUAUAUAAUUACAAUAGGCCCUCAGAGUUAUGUUUUAUAUUUCUAGUUUUAGAUACAAGAGUGGUACAUUUUUACAAAUAGGAUGAUCACACUCAGUAGAUUAUGAGCUUUUGAAUGAUACCUUACAAGAGACCUUUUGCACGAAGCAUAUCCCAGUUGCAUUAUAGUCACUUAUUAUCAAAUCUUUAUAAAACUAUUCCAGUUACAUUAUAUUCACUUAUUAUCAUGUUUUUAUAAAACCAUAUAGACUGCACAACGUCACACUAACCUCUAGUAUUCUGGAGGCCAAGUGUGAUAAAUGAAGGGUGGAGAGAGGGGAGCUCUCUUUUAUGAACACACAGCCAGCCAGUUAGCUGUAAAAUCCCUCUUGGUAGCUGUUCUCUGCUUGCUUUUCCUGUAAAGGGUUAAAAUGUCCCCAGGUUAAAAAAAAAAAAAAAAAAGGAGUGGGCACUUGACCAAAAGAGCCAAUGGGAAGGCUAGAACUUUUUAAAAUUGGGAAAGAACUUUCCCUUUGUCUGUUGUUCUCUGGGCUGCAGGGAUGGAGCAGCAAUGCUAUAAGCAGGAAUGCUAUGUAAGGUUUGAAUCAGAUAUGAAAAAUUAUCUUCUGUACCUAGGAUGAAUUAUUUGCAUAGGGAAUGUUUAGAUAAAUGCCAUUAGAUUUAUUUCUUUAUUUUGACUUGUGGAUCUCCUCUCUGCUAACCCCAGAUGCUUUUGUUUGGUUGUAACCUUUAAGCUGAACCCUGUUUUGGGUGCUUAAUUUUUGGAAUUUCUCUUAAAAUCUAGCAAAAGCCUAAAUUCCAGAUGUAUUUUCUUUCUUUUUGUUUUUAAUAAAAUUUACUUUUUUUAAGAACAGGA